UGCGGGGCAAGAACUUCCGCCACACCGACGGAGCAUGUUCCAUUGUACCGAGCACUUCUAAGACAGUGUCGCAGUUUAGUUGGCGCAAACUGUUCGGAUCCCGCUAAGGUCUCCCAGGUUAAUGUGGUCAGUUGUCGCUUCUUGGUGGGGAAACCAGACGAGGUCGUUGACGGCGGAGUAACGGCCGGCUGCAGGCACAGAGUGCCGUGGUUUUCACCGAAGGAAUUCCAGCGUCAGCGGCGGCUCUUCCACCUUCUUCCGCCGGUUAGCACCGCGGCUAAACAGCGCCUUACCGGGCUUUUCUUUAUCGGUACUACCGUGAAUCGGGUGAGUGGAAUGUUUUCACCCCGGCGGCAUCUCGGUUCGAGUCAGUCAGACACCGACGGCGAAGGCUGUUAGCUCCGGGAUUAGCCGCUAAACCGAGCUAGCUACCUAGCUAGCUCACUGCCGGGUCGCCCCGAAAACAGGGGGAACAAAUUUAAUAAAAACAGCGCGACGUGAGAGUGAGACCCACACGUUUUGGGCGGAUAGCUAUUUGUUCCGGACUUAAAAGUUCGCCCCAGCCGCGCAGAAUGAACGGGUUCAGCACGGAGGAGGACAGCCACGACGGGCCGCCGGCUCCCCCGUUUUACGGGCAGAGCUGCUGUCUGAUCGAGGACGGGGAGCGCUGCGGCCGCUCGGCUGGAAACGCCUCCUUCAGCAAGAGGAUCCAGAAGAGCAUAUCGCAGAAGAAACUCAAGCUGGACAUCGACAAGAGCGUGCGACAUCUCUACAUCUGCGACUUCCACAAGAACUUCAUCCAGAGUGUCCGCAAUAAGAGGAAGAGGAAGACCAGCGACGACGGAGGGGAGUCGCCCGAUCAUGACGUGGAGGUGCCCGAGGUGGAUCUGUUCCAGCUGCAGGUGAACACGCUGAGGCGCUACAAGCGACACUACAAGCUGCAGACUAGACCCGGCCUCAACAAGGCCCAGCUGGCAGAGACGGUGAGCCGUCACUUCAGGAACAUUCCCGUGAACGAGAAGGAGACGCUGACCUACUUCAUCUACAUGGUGAAGAGCAGCAAGAGCCGCUUGGACCAGAAGGGCGACGGAAGCAAGCCGCUGGACUAAGCUCCCCUCGGCCGCCCCACCCCCCCCCCCCCCCCCCCCGCCCAGCUCCAGCUCCACACCAAACCCGCACACCACUAUCAGCAUCUCCAUCCCUUCCCACUGUCGGACCAGAACCCUGGCCGUCCUCUCAGGACGUUAAACAGAACUGGGGGAGACGUGGAGGAAGGAUGGACGCUCGUUUUCGCUCAACCCGGAUUUCGGCUUCUCGCUGUCGCGGACCGGCACUCGCUGCGGAGAUUUACGUCGUAAUACUGUCGAAAACACGGCAUCCGGUCUGAAAUGACUGCAAGUAUCCAAUAUAUAUCGCUGCCUUAAGAGUUUAAAGAGAGGAGGAGGAGGAGCAGAAGGACACUUUGUUGGGUCGUCUUUGGUUAGCUUGUUUUUAGCCGGUGAAUAAACUGUUAGAGGGAGGAGGCUGCAGGGGCGGAAGCGUAUGAAAAAGGACACAGUCCAGGCUCAGGUUCACUUUACCGCUCAGAUUUAAUCACAUGGUCAUUAAUAAUGUCUAAAAUGAAAGUUCUAAGCCUGAAUCUGGCUCUGACUGUGUGUGGUGGCCUGUUUCCACACAGAAUGCGACCGGAUUUAAAGGUGGCGAGGAAUGACGUGCUUCUACGGGCCUCUUUUUCUCAUUAGGACAUUUAUUUUUGUGGGUAAACACUGAUUUCUUUCCUUCUGUCGAGGGCGUUAGGUUUUCUUUCUCUGCGUGUUGUUUGAAGCUGUGCAGGUGAUUAACAGUAAACGGAGACCCGCACCAACGUAAAAACCAGAAAACGGGAUGAUUCUCGUACCUCAGAGCGACGUAUGUGGCGGACAAAGUCUGCGGCUGCGGCUUCUGAGGACUGAUUAUACGAAAAUGUUGCUCUCCUUGCAUCUCCGACUCGCUUCAAUUCUUCCAAGUCUUCACAUUUUGGUUUCCAGCUGCAGCGAUCUGUCUUGAAGGACUAGUUUGGUUUCCGGCGAAGAGGAAGAGGAAGUGUCCUGCCGAUGCCUCCGGAUCCUCCAGAACCAUCAUCCUCCGCCUGUUUCUGUUAGAAUCAACUCACAAUUUAGGAUUUCUGUUGCAUUUUUUUUUUUUUUUUCUGUUUCGUUUUUUUAUGCCUGUACUUUUUUCAUUUCUUGUAGGUUUCUUAGUGUCCUGUAGAAGACAUCCGUCUCUAUUAACACACAGGCCAUGCCUCAUUAUACUGACUGUUUGUAUUAGAACGAAAAGAGAGACAUAUUUAAAGUAUGACUGCGUACUGCUCUUAAUAAUAUUAAUAAAUGUAUUGUCCAGACAGAA